CGUUGAUUCUCAACAAAGCAGAUUACCCCGGAUUGGUGAUGGUGUUGGAUCAAUACGACAGUUUGGUGCCAGGAGUGUUCGUCUCUCGUCAGUACAUCAUGACCAACGCCGAUGAGCUCACCUCUAGUGCUAAAAAGUUGGUAACGAUCCAUGGCGUACCCACCCCUUUUCCGGCCGUCAGAGACUGGUCCGGUCCCAACGAUUGGAUCGAAGUUCUGAAAAUAUGCUACAAAAAGUUCGACGGCCCGUACCAAACUCUGACCCCGUCCGACUACCACGAUUUCACCACCAACGUCACCGGCACCGUCGUCUACUACACCGGCAACGGCACGCUGUUCGGACACACGACGGACGUGCUGGCCGCGGAAAACUGUCCGCAGUUGUACACUGACCAGUUCGGAGACGCGAACAUGUUCAACACAGACGGAACCAACGAAUGCGCCGACAACAGCGCCACCGAUUGUUCCUACGACAACGAUCCCGUUUACUCCAUUGUUCCUGCCUUGCUGGUCAACGGAGUGCUGGUGGCGUUCGUCAACUGGAUCGAAUGCGACAGCGCCACUGGCCUCUACAAUGGCCUCACAGAAUUCUUCCCGGUGCAAUACUGGAGGGAUUUCGUUCUGUCCAAGGUGCCUGAUGCUAUCCCUUAA